AUGGGCAAAUCUAGACCUCACAAGAAGAAGGCUUCGAAGUCGCGUGAAAAGUCCGUUCUCCGAGCUGGCGGUUCAGUAUCCAAACAGAAAAUGACCGAAGAUCCUGCGACACUCCUUGAGCAAGCGGUCGUCUUACUUCAAACGGGGCAAGCAGAUGCAGCGCUUGCAGCAGCUCAGCAGGCUUUCAAUUCUGCGCCCGCCAAUUCCCCCACUCAACUAUCAGCCCUGAAUACUAUUGGCGAGAUCUACGUCGAACUGGGGGAUAUCAAUGCUGCGAGAGAAUGCUUUUUACGUGUGGUGGAGCUCGACCCGAAUGGCACAAUACCCGAGUCCGAAGGGGGUGGUGCGGAGAAGUUUUUAUGGCUGGCUCAAUUGAGCGAAGCGGGAGGGAAGGAUAGUGUCCAGUGGUUUGAGAAAGGUGUUUCGGCUCUAAGAACAAUCAUCCAGCAGUUGGAGGAAAAGCAGGACCCUCAGACCGCUGCUGAGUUGGCAGAAAAGAAGAAGAAGAUGGCGAAUGCACUCUGCGGAGUAGCGGAAAUCUACAUGACAGAUCUCUCUUGGGAAGAAGAUGCCGAAAACCAGUGCGAAUCUCUCAUAACGGAAGCUCUCUUGGUUGAUCCUCAAGCGCCCGAAGUCCUCCAGACACUAGCAUCCAUCAGGAUAUCCCAAUUACGACAAGAUGAUGCCCGAGCCGCACUCUCCCGAAGUCUUGAGCUAUGGAAAGACUUGCCUCCUGAAGAUCCAAAGGUUCCAGAGUUUGCAACUCGAGUCAGUCUUGCGCGUCUACUCAUGGAAGUUGCAAUGGAAUUGGAAGCCCUCGAAGUCUUGGAACGUUUGAUUCUCGAAGAUGACCAGAGCGUGGAAGCAUGGUACCUGGGCGGUUGGUGUCUUUAUCUUCUCGCGGAGAAGCGACAGGCCCCCAAGGACGCAGAAGCAGAAGCAUCGCCCGAGUCACAACGACAAGCUUCCCUUGUCGCCAGUCGCGAAUGGUUGAAACAGAGUUUGACCCUCUACGACCUGGUCCAAUAUGAAGAUGAAAGACUCAAGGAGCAUGCUCUUGAGCUGGUUGAAGAGAUGAACAAAGAAAUAGGCGAGGAUAUGGAAGAUGACAGCAACGCCGAGGAUGCCGAAGGGGAGGAAGGGGAAGGGGAUUGGGAAGAUGAGAUCGAGGACGAGUCAGAUGAAGACCACGAGAUGGCGGAUUGA